AUGAGUCCAACUGAAAUUAAAUGGAUUGUGUACCAAUAUGUGAACAGUUGUUAUGUCCUCCUCCAGAGUCCAGAUGGCAGCCCCACGCCUCACCCACCACCUCCUCUGAGUGCGCCCACCUGGGCUCUGGGCUACCAGGCUCUCCGCUCUGAGUCCAGCUCUGUCAACACGCUCAUCUCCUCUCUCCUUCUGGCCUCUCUUGCAGCUCUGGGUGAAGGAUCGUUAGGUCAAACCACCACCCAGAUCCAAGGUCUCCUCAAGCCCGUGACCCCUCCUUCCAAAGUAGGGGACCUUCUUUCAGAGGCGUUGAAAAGCUUCACCGAAGCUAACGGGACCAGCUUUCAGGUGCACACAUCUUCUGGUGUGUUUACGAAGCAGGGUCCUGCCAUCAGUCAGGCCUUCACCAAGCAGAGCCAGACCAGGUUCAGACUGCAGAACCAGGCUCUGGGAAAAGGAGACUUCAAGGCUGACCCGAAGCAGCUCCAAGCCUGGGCCACAGCUACCCACCGUGGGCUGGAGGGAGCGCCUUUAUUGGCAGACAUCAAGGCUAAAGCUGGAGCAAUGAUCCUGGCUAAUGCCCUUCACUUUAAAGGUUUGUGGGAGAGAAAAGUCAACGAGGAAAAAACUGAUCCUCGGACCUUCCUGGGGAAGAAAUACACCAAAGUGAUUAUGAUGCACAGAGCAGGUUUGUACCGCUUUUAUGAAGACAUCAGCAACAUGGUACAGGUUCUGGAUGUGCCUCUGUGAGGAGGCAGGGCCAGCCUCGUGCUGCUGCUGCCCUUCCACGUGGAAAACCUGGCUCGGUUGGACAAGCUGCUGACCCUGGAGCUGCUGUCAAAGCGGCUGGAGAAGACCAGUGUUGCCAGUGUGGCCAUCUCAAUGCCCAAGGCAAACAUCACCAGCACUCUCAGUCUGCAGAAGCAGCUGUCUGCUCUGGGUGUGGCCGAUGCCUGGGACCAGGAGGUGGCCGACGUCUCCGGGGCGUCCGGCAAGAGCACAGGGAAGCUUCACCUCGGUGGUGUCCUCCACUGGGCUUCCCUGGAACUGGGUGCCGGGGCUGGGAAACAGGAUGAAGAGUCAGAGGAGGAGAAAAUGGACAGACCCAAGAUGUUCUACGCUGAUCACCCAUUCAUCAUCUUAGUUCGAGACAACGCCAGCAGAGCCCUGCUGAUGAUGGGAGCUCUGGACCACGCCGAGGGAGAAGUACUACACGAUGAGUUGUAGCAUCCCUCCUCAGUCUCCUUGUGUCUCGUCUCCUUCUCUGAGACUACAUUCCCAGUGCAGACGUUGUCAUUCACUGUAUCACAUCAGACUUCGUCUGGCUGUCAGACACUGACACUGCCAUCCCCGACCCUUACACUGUCACACACACACACACACACACACACACACACACACACACACACACACACACACACACACACACACACACACACACACACACACACACUACAUGGAAUGUAUAAAUGAUAAUACCGUACAAGACAUUACUGAAGCUGACACAUACAGCAAAACCAUCAACUUAAAGAAAGUUGAUGGUUUUCUCCUCCCACGUCUGCACCCACACUCUCAAGCACAUUCGAGGACCGAUCCAGUCGAGACAACAUGACAAACGAGAUGGCUCUGGCAAACACCAGCAUGCUGACAAGCAGAAGUGACACAACACUUAAAGCAGCUUGAAGUGACACCUCCCCAUCAGUAGAGCUAAGGCUUCCCAUGUGCUGGCUGACAGACAGAUCCAGGGUGACCGCCUGGAUGCUCUCUGAGCUCAGCUCGUGGCAGUCCCCAGAGCUUCAUCUGAGGAAGACCGAUGGUUCAGCCAAGUCCAUAUUGAUGAGCCAGCUUAAUGCUAAUGACUGCAAUGCCUUACAGCGCUUGUCAACAUCACCGAGAGGACAGUGAACCUUUUAAUCUCUUAAUGCCAUCUGUGAUCAAUGGCGCCUUUAUACAAUUGGAAACAAACAUGCUCAACAUGGUUUGACUUUAGUGUAGCGAGUUCAUUGUAAAGAAUGAUUUCAUGAGGUCAAAGACUUAUUGAUUGGUGCUUUGUUUUAAUUAAUAAAUAAUCCAUCAUGGAUGGUCUUGGAUUUGCUUCUCUUUUGUAACAGUGGUUGCAAAAUCUUCUUGCAUCUUUGAUAGGGAAAAUAGCAAAGGUCCAAAGAAGGACCUGAAAAAUAGU